AUGAAUGAUGCAAGUGGUCCCCCAGGUGACCAACCCGAGGAUACGGGUGAUUCUUCCCCAAUGAGAGCUCCUGAGGACGGAUGGAUUUCCUCGCUGGUGGAUUGCCUUGUUCCCGAAUUCCAGGCCGAAGGAACCCGCGUCGGCGGUGAUUCCUCGAUGGGGACUGACAAUCAAGGCAAGGGUGCCUCUGGCGGAGCAAAUGAGCCCUGA